ACCCUUGGAUCGUUUUCGUUCGCCGGAUUCCAGAGAUGAAUACACUCUUUCGGAAAUUGAAAAAGCUUCCAAGUUUGCGAUUUCUGUUUCUAAAUUCCCAAUAUCCUAUGAUCUAAUUAAGACUAUAAAAGAAGAAUUAACUUUGAAUGAUGACAAAAGAGAGGCUUUUCAUCUAGGAAUGAAAUUAGUCUGGUGUUUGCUAUCCUUUCCUUUGCUCUCCUUGUUGGCGUCCGCAGAUGAUUUAAUCAAAUGGCCAAUCAGAAGAAUGAGCAAUGUGUCCGGUGAUAUUAUUCUAGGUGCCCUGUUUCCUAUACACGAAAGAGACGCCAAGCAUGAAUGCGGAAGAUUACAGGAUGAAGGCAUCCACCAAUUGGAAGCAUUGUUAUUCACAAUAAAGAAAAUUAACUCUGAUCCGAAAAUUCUUCCUGGCAUCAAACUGGGUGUUUUAGCUCUGGACAGCUGUGAUUCAACAGCCUAUGCUUUGGAGCAAACAUUGGAUUUCAUCAAGGGGUUUAUUGCCCGUAACAAUGCUCAUAAUGACAAGCAUUUCCGAUGCACCGAUGGCUCACUUCCCACCUACAGAAAUGGUAGCUUUGACAGGGUUGUUGGCAUUAUUGGUGGACAAUCAUCUUCUGUUUCCAUUCAGCUCGCCAACUUGCUGAGAUUAUUCCGUGUGCCACAGGUAAGUUACCAAUCAACAAGUCCAACUUUGAGCAACAAAGAAAAGUAUUCAUACUUCUUUAGAACAGUACCAUCUGACGUGAAUCAAGCAAAGGCCAUUGUUGAAAUACUCAAAGCUUUUCGCUGGACGUAUGUAUCUGUUGUUUACUCGGAUACUGAUUACGGGAACAAAGGGUACGAGAAACUUUUGGAAGAAGCCCGUAAAGAGAUCUGCUUCAGUUCUCCGCAGAGCAUAAAUGUAGAUCAUUUUACUGAUAACGAUUACGAUAUGGUCAUACAGAAUCUUAUGCAUAGAACAAAUGCACGAGUUGUAGUUGUCUUCUCUGACAAGCAAACGGCCAAAAAUGUAAUGGCAGCUGCCCACCGGCGACGUGCAUUUGACCGUUUUGUCUGGAUCGGAAGUGAGGCAUGGGGCGGAAGAAAAUAUGUUGUGGAGGGGCACGAGAAAGUGGUGGAGGGCGCAAUCACCAUCUCUCCUCUCCUGAAACCGCUGGCCGGAUUUGAUGAGCACUUUACAUCCUUGACGCCGGACAACAACGCCCAGAGCGAUCCUUGGUUUCCUGAGUUCUGGGAAGAAUACUUUUCUUGCAAGCUUCAGGAUUUUGGCGAGACUCCUUACAAUCAACAGUUCCAUAAAUGGUGCCAAGAAAUGCCAGACAUGAAGAUAUCCGAGACCAACGGGUACAGGCAAAUGCCAGCCCUCCACUUCGUGAGAGACUCUGCCUAUGCAUUUGCGCAUGCGCUCAAUAACAUUCACAAAACUGUCUGCAAAGGCCAACCUGGACUCUGUGAAGACAUGAUAACUAUGGAUGGCGUUACAUUGAAGAAAGCCAUGGAAAAAGUUCAUUUCAAAGAUGAGAGUGAGAAGACCUUUCGUUUCUUGCCAAGUGGGGAUGCACCUCCAAGAUACAGCAUCAUCAACUUCCAAAAGAAAAGUGAUUCCAACGAAUACGAGUGGCGUCCUGUUGGAACAUACGCUUUGUCCGACAGAGGUUUUCCAUCUCUAGAUCUGGAUAAAAACGCUCUUAGGUUCAAGCAGGUGGUCACGGAAUUUCCGAGGUCAUUUUGCAGCGCUCCCUGUCAGAUGGGUCAGGCCAAGCUACAGUUGGAAGGAGAUACCUGUUGCUGGCUCUGCACCAACUGUUCCACGUAUCAGUAUCUUCCGGAUGAAUAUCACUGCGUAGAUUGUCCACUCGGAACGAUACCCAGCGUUACUAAAACUACCUGUGAAAAUAUUCCAGAAGCUUACCUGAGCUACAGCAGUCCGUGGGCUAUUGGUACCAUGGCGUUCGCUGGUAUGGGCAUGGUCACUACAAUCUUGUUUGCUAUUGAAUUUUGGAAGUACAAAGAUACUCCCAUAAUAAAAGCGUCGGGAAGGGAGCUCAGUGGAUUGCUUCUACUAGGUAUAUUCCUUUCCUUCAGCAUGACCUUCGUGAUUGUUGCGAAACCGAGUCCCUGUACAUGCGGAAUCACGCGAUUUUUCUUAGGAUUUUGCUACAGUUUGUGUUAUGCCGCAGUGGUCACAAAAACCAACAGAAUCGCCCGCAUCUUUGCUCAGAGGCGUCACAAGCCAUGCCAGAAACCUCGUUACACCAGUCCUAAAUCACAACUCAUCAUCACAGCCUUACUCGUUUCUGUUGAAGCCAUUAUCAACACCACCUGGUUGCUGUAUGAUCGUCCAGCAGUAGCUUAUAUGUAUCCUACGAGAGAAGAAAAUGUCCUGAUAUGCCUGGGUUCUGACACAGCCUCUUAUCUGGUUGGUCUCAUAUACCCUUUCAUUCUUAUUGGGUUCUGCACAGUCUAUGCAUUCAAGACGCGGAAAUGCCCAGAUGGUUUUAAUGAAGCUAGAUAUCUCACUUUCACGAACUAUACGACAUGCGUCAUCUGGUUGGCUUUCUUGCCGCUGUUUGUUCUCAGCACCAGUAACACUAUCCGCUCAGUGACCCUGAGCUCGCUUCUCAGUCUGAGUGGAGCUGUUCAGUUAGCUUGCCUCUUUAUGCCAAAAGUUUAUAUAGCUGUCUUCAAGCCAGAGAAGAACACCAAAGACGCUGUAAUGUGUCCGCACAACAGAUACAGUUCUUCUUUGGCUCUACCUGCUGCUACAAUGUAUCAGGGAACUCCAUCUAAUUUACUAAAUGGUGGAUGCAAAGACAACUAUCGCAACAGUGCGUGCUCCACUUCUUCUCCGGCCUCCAUACGCCACACCAAUGUACAAGCUUUGAAUUCCAGUAAACAACAUAACUCCGAUCACAACAUAUGUUAUUCUCCUUCGCCGGUGGUGGCGCUGCAAGAGCGCUCAAAGAAUAUUUGUGCGUCUGUGACUGCGCAGGAAUCUAUAAAUCCUCCUGCUUACCCAACGCUGGAACACCAGAUGAUGCUGUGAGGAACUUUUAAUGGGUAUUCUCUAUGAAUAUUCACUAAAAUAAUGUGAAUAUUCAGUUUACGGACAUGAAUAUUCUGUGUCAAUGUUGUUUUUGAUAUGAAUUUUUACUGUAUUGAUGUGAAUAGUUGCCAACUUUUCCGUUUAAGCCGGAAGAUCACACUGAAUUCGCAAAAAUUUUUUUGCUGAAUUUAUGCAAUUGAACUUUCCUAAUUCCGAUUGCAGAUUUGAUAUCGGAGAUUCGGAAAUAUCUGAGAUCUGUUCAAAAAUCUCUGAUUUUUAUUUAUAAAAUGAAUUUUAUAAAUACUACGAACUGCAAAAGGAAUUAUGCAUAAUAUAACUUUUAAUACGUUUUUUAAAACUGACAUAUGGUUGCCAACUUUAUUCAAACAUACUUCAUCAGGGAAGCAACAAAAAAGAGGUAAAAUAGUGUACCUUGGACCUUUACAAUUGGCGAUGAAUAAAUUUACCACAGCCUUUAAAAGGGUUAAAGCAUUUGUCUUAAAAUAAACUUUUUUUACUUUUGAACUGACAAACCAUUUUCUAGAGUAACAAUUAAGUUAAAGUUUAAAUUUUGCUUGGCAGUGGACAAACAUUAAGUACGCCAGACAUGAUUAAAGUAUUUAUUUACUUGUAAAAAAACAUUUCUUAAGUUACUAACAUGAAUUUUAAAAACUUUUUGAAUAAUUUUAUUCAAAAAUGACGAAUGAGAUAUAAAGUUUUAAAAAAAUCGAUUCAUUAGUUGAGAACUCAAACUAUUUUAACAUGGUAUGGAAGUAAGAAUACCUUUAAAAAUAAUACCUUUAUUAAUAUAUAAUUUAUAAUUAAUAUAUAAUUUAAAAAUAUUACCUUUAAAAAUAAUAAUGUGUUAUUUUUUUUGAACUAAAAUAUUUCAAACAUAGUGUUUGCAAUUUUAUUCAACAUCGGAGGAUAAUAUCUCAUCUAUUUUUAAUAUUCUCAUUAAGUAUGAUUUUAUCUUUGUGUGGAGUAUGAAUUUAUUAUUGGAAUAAUUUGUUAUUGUUUUACAUUGUGUUUAUGAGCAUUUUUUUACCAUUGUUUACGUAUUUCAUUUGUUACCUAAUAUUGUUAGGUAUCUCAUAGAUAGGAUAUAUUAAGUUGUUUCUGGGCUGUAACUUAUGGGCCCUUUAUUUAUUUCUUCCUUUUUUGAGAGAGAGAGAGAGAAAGAAAACGAGAGGAGUUUUAAAUAUACAAAACUACAACGAAAUGUAAGUUAAGUGUAAGCAGCUAUUAUUCGAAAUAUCUGUAGGCACAUGAAAUACUCAUUUUUGCGAAUAAUAUGAUAUUUUUAUAACUGUUUUCAACAGUUAUCCAUAAUCAAGUUUAACAUGUUUUUAGCUAAUUCUGAAAUUAGCUCAAAUUGUAAAUAUGAUCAAAUGUCGUUGUUUUUUGAAAGAGAAAAGCAUUUGUAAUCGAAUCUCUUAUAUUUUUAAAAAGUCACUCCAACGCUCCAUUAUCUGUCCUCAUAGCAAAAAUUGAAGGAUUAAUUAUUGUUUUUUAUAUUCAUCUAGAAAGAAAAAUCUCGCCAAGUUGGCAAUUUUAAAUUAUUUUUCAGUUCUAAAGCUCAGAUAGUGGCAAGAUAGUAGAUAUUAUUUAAAAUUACAACUUUAUCUGAAGUUAAAGGUACUUGAGUUGGAGGUUUUUCUUGGCCAAGGAGCUUCCAAUCUGCUCUGUUAAGGCACGAAAUUGUUCCCUUUUUUGAAAAAAAUUAAACCGGUUUUUAAAUGAUGCUAGUCACCAUUGGUAAGAAAUAUGGUAGAAUAUAAAAAUAAAUAUUUUGAGAACUUUGAAUUUGUAUAGAACUUCGACAUCUGUCUUUUCUAGGUAAGUUACAGCUUUGUUGAGUGCGCAUGCAUCUCACUCGUAUUUUCUUAUGUAUGUAAAUAUGAUAAAAUUAGCCUGUUGAAAUGAUAUCUAAAAUCAGGUUUACUAACUACUAUGCUGUUUGCGAAACAUUUUAUGGAACGGUAGAAAAUUAAAAACAAAAGCUUUCAGAGUUUUUGGUGAUUUCGCCAACAUCUUAGGAGCCGCGCCACGAAAGUAAUGGAACAAAGCGUGGAAAAUAAGUUUAAUGGAUAAAAAAAUGAUACAUUAAAACAUAAACAUAGAGCUACCUCUGGAAUAAAUUUUUCCCAAAAAGCGUAGAAAGUUGGCUACCUUGCUGAAAUAUAUGAUAGAAUUUUGCACAGGCUGAUUUAUCUUUUGAAUUGGAUUUCGGACUAAAAAACAUAUUGUAAAAAUUGAAAAAUGUCAAGGAUUCAUGAUAGAUUUGGUUAUGUAACCUCGAAAUAUUGUUGACGAAUAUAUUAUAACAGUGAGGUCUCAUAAAGUGUUCCAAAAAAACAAACUAAAUAUUAAAAUUUCUAAAGCUUUCUAUAACUUCGGGAAAAAGCUUUAAUUAUUUUUUAGAUUUUUAGAACGUUGAUAUUUUAUUAACUAGCUAUUAUUUCAAAAAAAAAUGUACAUACCAACGGAAAUGCUACUUCUGUUGGUGUUAUGAAAAGACAGAUCUAUGAAUUAAAUUCAGCGUCUGUAAAAAUGACCCCUACUGAAAUAAUUAUGUGCAAAAGCAAAUUUACCAAUUAGGAAUGAUAAAGCUAUUUUAAGUAAAUGAACAAUUAUGUUUUUUGUUUUCGUGUGCAUUUAAUUUCAUACCAUAUAAAUUAGUUCGCUUUAAAAGAUGAGAAGAGAUUUAUUGGAGAGGCUUGUCUUUUUUUCUAAUUUAACUAGCAACUCCUGAAGUAAAUCAUUGGUGCUUCUCUAAAAAUAAUAAAGAAAUUUUUUUCUCAAAUCUAAUUUUACAAUCUAUUUCUGAUGUUACGUAAGGCUACAGUGGACUCUUUAAUAAGUUUUUCUUAAAAAAUAUUGUUACUUUGCUGUAACUUGCAGAGAUUGUUUAUACUUAGAGAGAGAACAUAAAAAAAAAUUAUUUGAUAUAUAAUUCACGCUACAACAUGAAAAAUUAAAAUUUUUUUAAAAAAUUGUCUAUUUAUUUUGAAGUUUAAAUAAGCUUCUUGCGCUAAAUUUUUCCUUAAAUUCAAAGAUUAUUUGUUAUAAUUUAAACUCUAUUCACAUUUCUCUUCAAAGUGUAGAGAAAAAAUUUACACGUUUAUGAACGUUUUGGAAAAUUGAAAUGACUGUAAAAUCUGUUGUGACACCCUAUUUCGAAAUUUUUUAUCUACAAGUUUUUUUUAAAUUAAUCUAGAGAGUGUGUCAAAAAAGUUUCAUGAAAUAGUCAUCAAAAUUACAGCACAUGGAACUAUUUCAAUUUCCAGUUCGAUGCAAAAUUUUUGUUUUGCAUCGAAAAAUUGUAAUAAAUAAGCUAAAUAACACUAAUAUAGUCAAAUGUUUUACAAAUUCUAAUGAUUUUAAUAAUUACUAUGUUUUUUAUAUCAUUUAAUUAAUGUAAAAUGGUCAAAAUUAGAAAAUCGAUUUUUAGAGUGAUUUUCACGAUUUUUAGUGUGCACUGUAGCCUUAAUGUUUCUAAGGAAUGAAGUUACUAAUAAAAAUAUUUAUGUAUUUAAUUAUUUAUUAUUAUUACUAUUGCAAAUUAAUUGUAACAUAACUAUCCUGACUUGAACCUAACUUUAGAUUUCUAUAAAAAUUAUAUGGGUGAGUUGUGGUCUUUUAAGUUCACAAAGAUCUAUUGUAUUUCAUCAAAUGAGUAGUAUUCUAGUCUUGUACAGUGUUGUAUAUGUGUGCAAAAUAAAUGUGUUCUAUACAAAGU